UAAGAUCGAUCUUACGACCAUAAAACAAGAGUGCGGAUAACAAAUGAUUCGAUCGAUUAGACAAUAAUCAGAACGCGUUAAAACGGAAAAUAUCGGACAGCAUCAAUAUAAUGAAACCUGCUCUUAACGAUUGUGGUUGCUAAAUGUCGCUAAAGCAAGCAUUGCCAUUGUCGUUCCCCGAGCAAAACGGUCGAAGAGAUUCCUGCUUUAUGAAGACGAUACUAUUGCUCGUAAUGAUUCACCAACUGCUGAGACCGGUUCAAUCAGUGAACGGUGUAAUAUGGGACAAGAAACUGAAGGAUUUCGUGCCGAUUUUCAAUAUUCCAGCCUUCGCGGCUGUAAACGACGAACUACUGAGCCAAAGUCGAAGGGAGGAACUAUACAACUUUAAGAAAAAAAUUGUCAGAUUCACUUAUUUCGAGGAGUCAAACCUCAUCUUUGGCAAAAGUAAUGGAACAGAAGUCACCGGGGUUAUAGGCGAAAUCUGGAUUAUGUUAUCCGAAUAUUUAAAUUUUACACUAAAACCGAUUUUGACAGACGAGCACGGUGCAGGAUCGUCAGGGGAUGAUGGCAUAUAUGAAACUGGUCUAUUAAAAUAUAUUCAAGAAAAUAAAACGGAUGUAAUAUCGAGGAUGUCAGCUAAUUCUAAGAGGCUUAGAAUUACUCAGAUGUUAAUGCCUUUAUGGAAAACCGAAUAUCGGCUAUAUAUUCGACGAGAAGUAAUACACUUACGCAUGUGGAUGCUGAAAUUAUUCUCCCAAAGAGUUUGGCACGCGGUUCUGAUGACGUACUUUUUAUUAACCAUAUGCAGUUAUCUUUCCCACACGGUCGAGUCGAAAAUCACGCAUAAGAAGUUGGACAUUGACUUGAACGAUCAUCUUUUCUAUAACUUUGGCAUGAUCUGCGGACAAAGCUAUUUUCCAUCUACAGCGACCAGAAGUUCCAAAUUAGUAGAAUUAUGGGUGGGCCUAUUUUCUUUUCUAAUCAGAACCGCUUUCAGUGCCCUUUUAAUAAGAUAUAUGACACAAACUACCGUUAUACCUCCUUUUAACGAUUUAAAGUCCCUUUUGGAUAGCACUUCAUACAAUAUUUUAGUUUUGGAAGAUUCUCUACCACAUGCUUUUUUUCAGCGACGAUUAUGGUCCGAUUACGCAAAAGCGAUGGAUAUGAAACGAUGUAUUAGCUUUAGUUCAGUCGAGGAUUUAUAUAAAAGAGCAUGUUCAACUGAUAAAUUAUAUGCAAUAUAUCAAGGUGAAGAUAUAAAAAAAGCUAGAGGAGUCUACACCUGUCGAUUGAAUCCUGUAGGAAUUCCUUUACAGAAUGCAUGGAUAGUUUCCGGUAUAUCGAAAACUUUUAGACAUAAAAGAUCUAUUGAUAUCGGGUUACUAAGAUUACAUGAACUCGGUUUUAUGAAUAUAUUGAAACAACGUUGGAUAGACUCAAAAAAUGUGGAAGAGGAAGCACCGAAUGUAAUAGAACCAAUUACAUUAGAACAAGUGUACUUAAUACUAAUGAUAUUCAUUGGCGGAUUAUUAAUAUCUUUCAUAAUUUUUUUAUUUGAAAAUUUAAUAUUUUAUUGCGAAAUCAAUUAGAUAUAAAGAAAACGUAAACAUCAUCAUUAAAAAAUGUAAAACUUAAUA